CAGAAAGCAGCCGCUACUGCCUCUUAAAACCUAGGUAGUGCUCAUUACAGCUACAGACUGAUAGACAGAGCGCAGCGAGGGCUGGACACAGUUCUAAGAGGAGGGCAAGGAAGGGAAGAGAGAAAUUGUGCACAGGGAAAGUUAGAAAAUAAGCUGUCCAACUUGUGUGCUUACCCUUCUUUCACUGCAACCUCCCCACUCCUCUACCUGAGGCACACAUACUCACACGCACACACUCACACAUACGCACACACACACACACACAGGGAGGUGUUCAGGGAGGUGAACAGGUCUUACAAUCCAGGGAAAGAGGGAAUUAAACAGUUCUGAUUCAACCCGCCGCGUCCAUACCCAGGAGAGGAAAAAAGGGAUUACAGCUUGUGCGCCUACAACACUUACUCCCGUCAUCCGUCUGCAUUUUGUUGUCACUGAGUUACUUUGGAGGAUUUUGGAUACAACCUUCUUGAAUUGUUGGUCUGAGCUCAGAGAGGCAUGGCACACGGACAAAAGAGCCACAGGUGGGCAUUAACCCAGGGCUCCUUCAGCUUGGCACUGGGCCUGUCGCUCCUCUCCCUCCUACUCCUCACCGCCUCGGCCGCGGACGAGUACGACUACUACAGCUGGCAGUCGGACAACUUCCACAAUGGCCGCUUCUACACCAAGCAGCCCCAGUGCGUGGACAUACCAGCUGACCUGCGCCUGUGCCACAAUGUGGGCUACAAGAAGAUGAGGCUGCCCAACCUCCUGGACCACGAGACCAUGCCAGAAGUCAAGCAGCAGGCGGGCAGUUGGGUGCCCCUCCUGGCCAAACGGUGCCAUGCUGACACCCAGGUCUUCCUUUGCUCGCUGUUUGCACCAGUUUGCCUGGACAGACCCAUCUAUCCGUGCCGCUCGCUGUGCGAAGCCGUGAGGGACAGUUGUGCCCCGGUGAUGGAGACCUAUGGCUUCCCCUGGCCAGAGAUGCUGACCUGCGACAAGUUCCCCAUCGAUAACGACCUCUGCAUCCCCAUGCAGUUCACUGGGAACCACGCAACGCAGCCACCAGUGUCGAAGGUGUGCCCUCCCUGUGACAACGAGAUGAAAGCCGACAACAUAAUGGAGCAUUACUGUGCCAGUGACUUUGCCCUCAAGAUGAAAAUUAAGGAGGUGAAGAAGGAGAAGGGCGACAGGAAGCUGAUUGCGGCACAGAAGAAGAAGAGGGUGUUGAAGCAGGGCGUGCUCCGGAAGAAAGACCUCAAGAAACUCACCCUGUACAUCAAGAAUGGCGCCAACUGCCCAUGCGCCCAGCUGGACAGCCUGGGCUCCAACUUCCUCAUCAUGGGCCGCAAGGUGGACCAGCAGCUGCUGCUCAUGUCCAUUCACAAGUGGGACAAGAAGAGCAAAGAGCUCAAGUUUGCCAUCAAGUACAUGAAGUCCCACCAGUGUCCCACCUACCACACCGUCUUCCAGUGACACGGCUUGCUGCACUGUCCACCAUCUCCCUUCACACUCCACCCUGUUCCACAUAAAUCCUAAUUCUCGUUCCACUACUGCAUCCCCGAUUCUUUCUGAUUUAUUUUUGUUUUAUCAGCCCAUGACUUAGUCCUACAGGGAGUUGCAUGGUGGUCAAGCUUUCUUUUUCUCAGCUUUAUCAUGAAUCCUGGAGUCAAAGGGGGUCAUUCUUAUCCGCCGAGAUGAAUGAGACAUAUUAGCCGAAGGAAACCACGGAAUUAAAACAAUUUGGAAGAAAAUGUGAUACUUCCAAUUCAUAAAAUCCUACGUAACAAUUCUCCUUUUACUUUUCUGAUAUAGUAGAACCAAUGACUUGUAUAAGAUCGUAUAGCAUCUUUAUCAGUAAGGCAGCAGCAUUAAGAAAUGGGAACCUAAAGAUUUGUGGUAACUUUUGUUUGACGAUGUGAUGAUUACAGACAGAGAGAAUGGGAAGGCAGCUGAAGGCCGGUUUGUUUUUGUGUUGAAGAAAAUAAGCUGACAGGAAUGACACACUAGUACAGUAACGCUGCAGUACAUGUGGGCUGUGCAACGGGCCAGAGCGCACACUGGCACAGAGCUCCCAGGAACAACAUCAAAGCAGAGAAAUGUAGAUGAUGAUCCACUUAACUGUAAGUUUUUAAUAAUGUAUAAAAGUAGGUAAUUCAGAUCAUUCUAGAUCAUUAGAAAAACUGGGCUUUUUUCUUUUCUUUGAUCCAUGCUGGGAAAGAAGACUGAUGGAACAAGACAGACGGGCGGACAGGAUGAUGCUUUCACUGACUUUGUACAGCACCGCAUUUUUGCGGCCUGAAAGAGGGAAACUUGAAUAUUUUUUUUGCUUUUCGAAUUGGAGAGCCGGAGGUUAAGGCUGGGAAGACUUCUUCCUGAAAACAAGUGGAGAAUAAAAAGAGAAAGGAAGAGAGAGAAAGAGACUCUGGACAGAACCAACAAUGUUGGGUUGAUAAGUCUCUGGUACUCGCUAUUCUUUCACUGUCACUCUUCAAAUGUUUCUUCUUUUGUACUUACAUUUUUUUUAUUCACUUCAGUUAAACUUCUAUGGUAUUGGAAGCAGAAAUCAUACGUACAGACAUAACACCUGAAUUCACUGUUGCUGUAGAAAUAAGAGAUGAAAAUUUGACUUUGAUAAUAUUUUCUAAUCAGUUAACCUGUAAGUAGUUCUGUUACUGAAAUGCAUCUUUGUUUUUUUUUCAAAAAAGUAAAUGAAUAAAAUAUAUUUGAAAUUUUUAUAAAGAA